GAUUUUAAUUUUUAUGCGACGCAUUUGAUCUUGGUAACACGUUGGUUUUUGAGUUUUUUUAUUGUGGAAACAUGAAACCGCCCAGAGGGUUGUUUUGCAAGUUGAGGUAGAUUUUGAUGAUUUUAAAGAUGUUGGUUUUGAUUUUUGUUGAAAUUCUGACGAUGAAUUUGGUUUCUUGAACUACCCAUUUCUCUGUUUCAAUGGAAAGUUACUUUUUUUGCAUGUAAUAUGAUCCGCUUUUGAUGGUGUUUUCUGUUUUCUUGGAGAAAGAAGGAUGAUAAACUGAAUGUUCAAUGAAUUUUAAUUAAUCUAGUACUGAAAAAAGAAUGAACCCCAGAUUCUGAAAUUCGGCAUUUCAUAGAUAUCUUAGUUCUUCAGUUGACUCAGUCUGUUAUUCUGAAUAUCUGAAAAAUCAAUUCUGAAUGGUGGUUUCUUUUUCUUUUAAUCCGUUUGAUUAACUAAAUUCUUGCCCAAAAUCAUUUCUUGAAUAAUCUCAGAAAGUUUCUGAAAUUGCUAUGGCUAUGACAUGUUAGUGCAGUUUUAUUUGCUGUGUAUCUUUGAGUAUUUUCUCUCCACUGUUUCUUGAAGUCUGACGAGGAUGCCCGCUUUAGUUAAGGUUAGCGAAACGAGCAAUUCAUGACAGUUUAUGCCUGUUUUGAAGGGGAAAAAGAUCAAGAAGGGUUUAUCCAUUUUUGCAAUGGAUCAGAUUGAUGAUUCCAUGCGGAACCAAAUAGCAGCACUUUUGCGAGUUGCAAAUUUCACAAGAUGCUUUAAAGAAGACAAUGUUCCAUGUAAAAUAGAAGAGGGUCUCUUUUUGGGUUCUGUUGCGGCUGCUUAUAAUAUGGAUGCACUUAAAAGUUUAAAUAUCACACACAUCUUAACCGUGGCUAGUUCUGUGAAACCUGCACAUAGCAAUGAUUUUGUGUACAAAAUUAUACCAGUUUUGGACAAAGAAGACACAAAUUUAAGUCAGUACUUUGAUGAAUGUUUUGAUUUCAUUGAUGAAGCAAAAAGACAGGGUGGUGGCGUAUUGGUUCACUGCUUUGUUGGAAAAUCAAGAAGUGUGACCAUUGUUGUUUCCUAUCUAAUGAAAAAGCAUGGUAUGAGCGUAUCACAAGCCUUGGAACUUGUGAAGAGCAAACGACCACUGGCAGCUCCUAAUUCUGGUUUCAUCCAACAAUUGCAAGAGCUUGAAAGAUCUCUUCAAGCCAACCAAGAACAGAUGAAAGAUAACGAAUGAAGAAAAGCUUACCUGUGGAGAAUCACUUGUUAGAAAAACAGUUGGCCUGAGAUAUUGAUGAUCAAAUACAUCCAAUAUGCUAUAGAUUUAAAAGGCCUGCAGUUGCAGGACACCAUUUCUGCUGAAAGUCACAGUCCAACAUUGGAUGUAUCAGCUCAUAUCAGGACUGGACCUGAAGAGGGUGCAAGGGAGAGUCUCCCUUGUAUUUCUUUCUUUUUUAGUCAGUAGAAAUUAAACAAUAAAAAGGGAGCAAUUUCAUGGUCAUGCUUGUUAUGUUUACUUUACAUGUUCUGCUAGUAGUGCCAAAUUCAGGUCAAAUU